AAACGCAAUAUUCGAAAACUUUGGCGCCAAUGAGUGGACCAUUAUCGAUCCCUUGAGAGUUAUCCAUGUAAGGGCUUGUUUAUAGGUAGGUAAGCCUUAUUUAAACACAUAGAUCUUCCCUGUGAAUGUUACAAGACUUGGGUUGAACCUUAAUAUUAGAGAAAAGUGAAGUAAGUGUAGAAAUAUGAUAGGAAUGAAGACCACCAACUUGAUUACUUGCAAGAUGGCGUAGAAGGUUGUAAGGGAGCAGCAACACACAGCCUGGGUGGUUGGUCAGGUUGCCAUCCGGGGGAAGUUUAAAGGCAGGAAGAGCCACCCCACCCACCCUUACCCCCUCCCCCCUCCCUUACCCCCUCCCCCAGGCAGAUGGAGGGGAGGUAACGCGAGGCAACAGACGUGGACGCCCUGAGCCAACACCCACCUUCGGCAGAUCACCUCAACUUUAAACUCAGGUGUUAUUCCACAGCUGGCCGCCGGUCCGUCCUCUCAAAGAACAACGGGUCGUUAGGUGGUGGUGUCCCUGGUGUGAGGUAAAAUGCACAACCUACCCCUGCCGAGAGAACUGAUUAAUAAUGAGGAUGGUCCUUCCAGUAAUGCCGCCCCAAACACGAGCCCAAAAAAUAUAUUGAAUAACACACAAGUACGCGAUACACCAGCUGUUGAAAGUACAAUAUGUCUUGUGAAUCAGUUAGCUGCAUACUUCGGCGAGAAUUGUCGAAAAGGUGUUUAUAUUCGAGACAAGGUCAAGGAAAAUGACCUCCAGCGAAGACUAAAGAAAUUGGUUUACUCAGUCUUGCUCACAUAUAGGAAAGAUUAUGACACAGAAAACACUGUGGUAAAGCUGACUGAGUUGGAGGAGGUCAUAUGGCAGACAUUUGUGUUGCGUCAUCACCGCAGAUAUGAUGAUGGAAACUCCCUUGACAAAUGUUUGCAGUUUUUGAAAGAACGUGGUCACUUGGAGGCUGGUAGUGACAUACGAAGUGUGUUGAAGUUCCUCGUGGCCCUCAAGGGCUUUGGUGGAGAUAUUAAGAAGAAACCAACUCUUGCUGAACUAACUCCAAGGAUUGUUCAUGUUGGAAAGAACCAGCCCAGGUUCCUGCCCGCUGGCCCACUACAAUAUGGAGACACAUUCCUGCAGUCUGCUGAAUAUAGGCCCCACUACAUGCACUUCCCUCCGGAGAUAUUUUGUGUGUCAUCCUCAGCUAAUGAGGAAAUGGAUGAAAACAGGAAUAUUUCUCCAUUUGGAAUUAAACCCAUUAUGGAACUCAGUAAGGCUCUGCCAGGAACUGGGGUUAGUCCCUUGCUCAUGGGAAGAAGCCAGAGUGACUCAAGUGGCAAAAUCUUGGGAGCGUUGUUGCAGGAACAUAGUGGGGAGGUGACACCUGAUGCUGUUCUGUGUAUUCCUGAGCUUCCUAGCAAUGCCCAAGGGUACAGCUAUUUCAGCCAUCUUCCCAAUACCUUGCUGUCAUCAUCUCCAACACCUCCAAGUGCAGUUGGGAGUGAUGAGGGAUAUGCAUCAUCUCGAGCAGCUAACCUCCAGACUCCUGAAGAUGACAUAGGAGAUGUAUGGGAAACAGUCCUUCAAGGUCCACCCCUUACCUCUCGUCGCACCUGGGAAACCUUAGACCAUGUUCCUCUGAACAAGGAAAAAUUAUUCAUUACUGAAGCAGGACCAGAAUCUUCUCACCACAUUUGGUUGUUGUAUCAGGAGCUGUGGGGAAGUCUUGGAGAUCAUCAUGUACCAACCCUUUAUGUAAGAUCAAUGAAAGAACUCUGUCAAGAUCUCUUGAAUCUCAUGAUUGGUGUGCCUUCACGCAGCUUCCUUUGGUCUUCAGAGUCAGAGAGCUUCUGUGUGAAGGAUGGCCUCUGCUACCCUGGUGUAACUCCUGAACAUCUUCGAGGGUCACUUAUGCCCUUUGUUGAAUGUGGUACUCUUGUGCGCAGGUUGGAAGUGGUGUGUGCUACUCCUACAUUUGACACACAGCAAGUACUAACACAAGGCUCAGUGUAUCGGUCAUUUACUGUGGCCAUAUCUAAGGUGCUACAAGUUUACAGAGGUACCGUGUUUUCAUUUAGCGGGGAAACUCACCUUCCCAAGUUUCAAGAGAGAGCGCGACAUUUGUUAAAGAAAAUCAGAUUUGUUGCCCAUCUGUGUCAUAUUUCUUUAAACUGUUACAAAGUUGGGGAUACACCUGGACUCACAUCAAACAAGAAGGCAACAGAUCUUAAUAACUCCACCAGACCACAACACACGUUAGGUGUUGGAGAGCCCCACCAAGAAAUGUUGAGGGGUCUUAAUCUGCUUGGGGAGUUACUGAAUCAAAUUAUUGUUACCAAGGACCAAGCCUGUCUACUGUUACUUGUAUCUAUCUUUAAGAACUCUUGUGCACCAUUCUUUCAAUACUUAGAGGACUGGAUAUAUGAUGGUGUGUGCUUAGACCCCGGGCUAGAAUUUAUGAUUGAUGUUGAUGGAAGAUCAUUACUAAGACGUGAUAGAAGCUACUGGACGAAGGGUUAUACUCUACGUGAUCAGUCAUCUGUUCCUCCCUUCCUGAGGGAUGUGCUACAGGAAGCUUUUACCUGUGGCAAAGCUCUUAAUUUGCUCAAGCUUUGUUCUGUAAAGAAUCAUCUUGUCCAGAAUGGAAGCACCAAACAUCCAAGUUUACAGUUAUGUAUAUCAGGCGAAGAGUUAGAGCAGAUGCGACGUGAGUGUGAGGUCUAUGCUGCACACAUGGAUCAUAUGGCAGCACAAAAACAGGUUACAGCUCACCAGAAGGCAGAGAAGGAAAGGGAAGAGAAUCAGCGCUUGAGUGCAUUAUCAUCAAAAAAGCACGCAGCCAUCAUUAAGGAAAUUGAGAAGAAGCUGGAAGAUGUCCACCAGAGUGAGGCAGCACAGAAGAGGGUCCAGUUAAAAGAAUUAAAAGAAGAAAUGUUGAAAGCUGAAUUGAGAAAGCGAGAGGAGAAACAGUGGGAACGGGAUGAAAAUCGUAAGAUUGCCCUGGUGUUGGAGGAGAAAGAGGCAGAGCAACAAAGGGGGGAAGAAAAAUUGAGGGUUCAAAUGGAAUUAUUCUAUCGUCAAAAGAUGUUUGCUGCGGAACGUAGUGAGGCUCUCGCUCGCUGGCGAAUGAGGCGAUGUCAACUUAAUGAAGCUCGCAAGCAAUUCUUCCUCCACAGUGAUUGGUCUGCACAGCAAAUAGAUGCUGAGACUCUGAAGCUACAAGAAACAGAAAAUAAGUCUGAUGCUGAAGACAUAUGCAGUACUGAAGAGACAGCAGAUGAUGUGUCACAAGUUACUGUUCGGUGUUUAGUGUCUGAUGUUCCACAUUUAGAGCAAGGUGCCCAGCACAGAACUCUUCCCAGAAACCUAUUAAAUAUUAACUCUGAGACAUGUAUACAAAAGCUGGUAAACAUAAAUGAAAAUCUUGUUGUACAAUAUCCUGAUGAUAUUAAAGAUAGUCCCAAUCAAGAAUUUUCCUCGGUUUCUGAUAUGACACCGUCAUUGAUGAGUACUUCAUCAGACUUUGUAGAUACACCUCAUGAUGAAAAUCUUCCAGACUUUGAGGUUGAUCUCAAAAGAUCUGUAAGUUUUGAGAAGAAUUUUAGAGAGAACAGGUAUUCUGGUGCAUACACAAAAAGUUCUGUUGAGUCUGUACUUUAUGAUAGAUCAGAGGAUGUUGGUGCUCAGAGAAAUAAAUUGCCAACAUAUAUGUCAACUUCAAAUAGUAAAGUUGAGGCUUCAGUCAAUAAGAAGAGAGUUUUGGAGGAAGAGUUUGGAAUCAUCAGUGAGAGUACAGAAGGUGCCCAUGGAAUUGUGACAAAGGACAUUAAAAAUCAAUCCACAGCUGACAGGAUCUUUGGAGAAUCAAUGCUCCAUAAUCCAAGACUGACGGCUGAAAAGAAUCAUAAUAAGGUUCUCAAGGAAGAAUUUGGCAUCAAUGAUUGUGUGAGAGAAACUGCAACAGCCCAAGAUGCCAAUGCUAACUUUGCAACAAUUGGUGUCUCAGGGAUAAAUCAUGGAGAGGAUGAUGAAAAUGGAAACUUAGAAGGCAACCAUCAUACAUUCCAAGCAGAUGAUAUUAAUGCUAAUUUGGCUUCUGGAAUCUCAAGUUCAGCUUCUCCCAAGAUUAAUGAUUUUGAGGAUCCCAAUGCAAAUAUAGCUGCUUUAACAGAUAAUGUUCCUGUAAUUGAUAAGAAUGAAACUGAAGGAAAACAUACUCUUGGUAUAAGGGUCGGUGAAGAUGAGGACAAUGGUAACACUGUUCCCCAGAAUAUGAAUGAAGUUAUGUCACAAUAUGAGGAGAGAUGUACUCAGGCAGCUGCCAUUAAGCAAAGGGUACUUAAUGAAGAAUUUCACUCCACCACAGUGAACAAAAAUACAUUGAAUAUCUUGAGAUCCAAACCAGUACCUUCCUCACUCGCUGCAAAAAAUAAACAGAAAGUUCUUGAAACUGAAUAUGGAAUAUCACAGGUGGAAGUAGCCACUCCAAGAGAAGAGAGGCCUACAAUAUCUUACAGUCGACAAGUAUCAGCCGCCAGCACUUCCAGCUACAAGUCAUGCUCUUUUUAUGAGAGACAAACUUCUGGCUCAACAGCUUUUACAACACCAGAUGAAGAGAGGCCAAUCCUUAUUGAUCAGGUGGGUGGAGAAGUGCUGAAGGAACGGGGGAGGAGCAUCCAUGGCCAUGCAUCGGAUGCUGUUAUUCAUAAACUCCUCUGGAAACAUGAACCCCUGUUGUCGCCUGCUCAACCAGACCUUGAUAUGAGCCCAAUGGAUGACCUGCUGUCUGCUGUUAAAAACUCUGUGGUCUGCAAAGCUGAGCCGUACAAUGUGGAGAAUCUAAAACUAAUGGGUUGUGAGCCUCUCCUGGACAUAACUGGGACUGCUCUGAAUGGAAGACCAAAUACCAGACAGCCAGGAUCCAAGGAACUACCUCCUUCUCCAACUACCAAUGAGCUGUCUUGUGCACCUAUUUAUUUUAUUCGCUCGAUCAGAAUGCACUUAGCAACACAGAGUCGGCUGGUUAAUGAAAGUCUCUUGAGUGAAGUGUUAGUACAAGAAAGUCUUCUGGACCAUUUUUCUGCCCUCCGAGCACUUCUCUUGUUACACGAUGCUCACUUUGCUCGUGCAUUAACUUUAAAUCUCUUCAAUAAGGUGGGUACAAUAAGCACCCCUGCUGCAUUGCUGGUACCUGUGGAGUUGAAUAAUAUCCUUAACAAAUCAGUAUCAGAGUCUUGCUGGAGCACAAGUUCACUGGCUGAGAAUCUCUCCUUUGCGGUAACCAACAUUCCCCCAUCAUUCACACACGCAGCAAGUGUUGUAGACUGCCUUGAGCUGAGGUACCACGUACGCUGGCCCCACACUCUAAUUUUGGACGAUACCACCUUGGCCUCAUACUCUCGAGUGUGGACUUUCCUGGCGUCUCUACACUAUAGUAUUUUGGCUGCUGAUGAUCUCUUCCGUCACUUAUCAUGUGUUUGUCGGCAGGACAAGAAUGAUAAUUUCCUAAGGUGUCCUCAGUACCAUCAAGUUUGUCUGUAUCGCCAUGAAAUGCACCAGUUUCUGCUAGUUGUACAGGCUUAUGUUAUUAGUCAGGUUCACCAAAUCAGCUGGAGCAAAUUUGAAAAAAAAUUACAUGAAAAGGUGUCAUCAUUGGACGAGUUGUAUGACCUUCAUAAUUCUCUAAUAAACUCCAUUAUCUCAAGGUGUUUCCUGACACGGAAUAGUGCUGUGGUUCAUCAGCUAGUGAAGGAUGUAUUCUCGCUGAUGCUGCGUUUCCGCUCUCAAUACCUCUCCCAUACUUGGCAAGCUAACAGUCAGACUGGUGUGAUGGAGCACCCUGCAUUUAAUUCUCUCAAGACCACCCACCAGGAGUUUCAGAAGCAUGCUGUAUUCCUGCACAAAUUGUUGGUGAAGGUUGGACAACGAAUCAAGAUGGAAUCCUGCCAACAAGACCUUCUCAACAGACUAGAUUUCAAUGGCUUUUACUCCAUGCAGGGUUGAUUAUUUUUAAUGACUUCAGAACACAUUCAAAAGUGCUGAAUAUAUCUGAUAAGUGUUAAAAUUGUAGUAUUGAAUACUGUACUAGGAAUCUGCUGUUGUGUAUAAAUGCUGGUCUGUAAUUGCUUAUUGGAAAACAUUCACCAAAAUACAGUACAGUACUGUGUAAGGUCUUAUCCAGUUUACUGGUUGUCGAGUACAAGUUUUCUCUCAUAAGGGCUUCUGUGAUGUGGAGGUAUAUAGCAUAUUGAACUAUCUUUAAUAUUUUUGAUCAUUACACCUAUGUUACCAUCACAAAGAUUGUUUGGGUGUAUCAUGCUGGAGAUGCAAGGUGAUGAUACAUCAUGGCAGUGUAGUGCCUUCUAUAUACAGUAUUGUACUGUGUUAUUCAGAAAUAUCUGUAUAGUGAUAUCCCCGUUAGCCAGAAGAACUGGUGUAGAGCUCUUCCGAGGUUGAGAGAUUUCUAGGUACCGAGACGACUCUCAAACCCAGAAAAAUCCCACAUCCCUGGAAUUUUCCGGGUAGUUGUCUUUUUUCUAUGUUGGAGUCUAUAAGUGGGUUUAACUGAAGUAAGUACAGUAUUGUUACUCAUGGUGAGGCUAUUGAUAUCAUUUACAGUCAUAAAACAUCUUCCUGAAUUCCAAGAAGUUAAACCCAAGCAACAGUGUUCAGCCUAACCAGAUUACAUGAUAUUAUGGGAGAAUCUACUUAUUAAAUUACAUGAUAUUUUUAAGACACCAAACAGCUUCAUAUCAAAAAUUUUUUUACAAUUGUGUACGAGAUAAAACUAGUCAUCAACAUUCAAAAAUUUGGAUAAGACAAUACCUCACAAAUGUUUUCCAAGAAUAACACUUGGAAGCCAGCACGGCUCUCCACAAACUAAGUCCUAGUACAGUAUGCACUACCACAAUGGCCACAGUUACCAGAGCAUUUCACAGAACUGACUUGACCAUGCAACACUGCAGAUGAUGUCCUCAUGGAAGCAGGACAGACUGGAGUAUUUAUGUUGAAACUUUCAGGAACCUGAUGUUUAGAUUCCCCCGUGAAAACAUAUACAGUAUAGGUAGGUAAUGAAAAAUUGAGACACAGUAAGGAUGGAUAAAUUGUUGGUUCAAGAAAUUAGAUACUAAUUAAAUACCGUAUGGCUUUUUGGCAACAAGGUAGAAGAAACUUGAAGCAUCAUUUAUUAGUACAGUAGUUGAGAUAUUCAUGGCCUUUAUAGGGGUCAGACAUAUAUUGUGAUUUACUUGUGCAUUAGCUUUGUUUCAUAAAAUAAAUUAAUAAGAGAGUAGAGGAGUUUGAAGAUUCAAUUUGUGAUAUUUCAUUACAUUAAGUAUAAUUUAGGAGUCGGAAGGCAUUGAAUUUAUCUCUUAAGCUCCAACUGUUAAAAAAUAUACAUAUCUAUAUUAUGCUGUUCA